AUGUCCUACGACCUUCACGGAAAAUGGGACAUAGGUAAUGAGUGGCUUGAUCCUGUUCUCAACUCUUAUACCAAUCUGACCGAGAUAACCAAUGCCCUGGAUCUCAUCUGGCGUAAUGACGUCCCCUCCGAUAAGGUGGUUCUUGGAUUGGCAUUUUACGCUUGUGUUUUCUCCGCUGCAGACCCUGAUUGUAUGGAUCCCGGAUGCCCCUUCGUGUCCGGCGGUAAUCUAAGAACCUACAGUGAUGAAGUUGGCAUUUUGAUAAACUCCGAAAUCGUGGAUAUAAUGGACGAGCAAAAACUGUCAUCCAAACUCGACAAAGACGCUGCCGUCAAAAUUCUCAAGUUCAACACGAAUUAG